GAUCGCAUCUCCCUUGACUGAUCUAACUCGACUUGACACCCCAUGGGACUGGACCGACGAGUGUGAGGCAACUUUCAAACGUUUGAAACAUGCUCUCACGCACCACGAGGUUCUCAUGGUACCCGACCCGCAAAGGUCAUUUGUUGUAACCACUGAUGCAAGCCAAUAUGGGAUUGGCUCAGUGCUGGCUCAGCAGGAAGGGAAGAAGUUGAGACCGGUUGAGUACAUGAGCAAAAAGAUGUCAUCAAAGAAGUUGGCAAAGUCCAUCUACGAGAGGGAACUCUACGCUCUUUACAAGGCACUUGUCCACUGGAGACACUAUCUGUUAGGAAGGUUCUUCUACUUGAGAACUGACCAUCAGACCCUCAAGUGGAUCAAGACUCAGCCAGUUCUCUCCGAUGCACUCAAACGCUGGAUUGAAGUUAUAGAUCAAUAUGACUUCAAACUAGACUACGUGAAGGGAGAGUACAAUAAGGUUGCAGAUGCAUUGUCUAGGAGGGAAGAUUACCUAGGUGCGCUGAUUUAUGAGUUUGGUUUUUCUGAGGAUGUGACUCAAUCAUUGGGGAAAGCCUACAGGGAAGAUCUCAUCACGAUGGACAUCAUUAACAAACUUCAGGCCAAAGACAAGGCCACCUCUGACGAGUUUGUGAUGGUGGAUUCCUUGAGAAGGCAGGGUUCAAGAGAGCAGAUUACCUCCAUGGAUUUCAUGGACACUCUCGUGACCAGCAAGAAUGGCAAGAGGCACAUCUUCGUUAUAGUGGAUAGGUUCACUAAGUAUGCUAGACUAAUUGCCAUGUCGGAGACUGCUAGGACUGAGCACGUCAUUAAGUUGUUCAUGGAGAACUGGGUGCGUGACUUUGGACUGCCAAAGACCAUCGUUAGUGAUAGAGAUGUCCGGUUCACCAGUGAGAUGUGGAAGAAGGCCGCUGAACAAAUGGGCAACCAGCUUCAGAUGACUUCUGGGAAUCAUCCCGAAGCCAAUGGGCAUGCUGAACAGAUGAACCGAGUGGUGCAGCAUCUGCUGAGGCAUUACAUCAAGCCCAGCCAGGAUGAUUAGGAUGAGAAGUUACCUCUCAUCGCCAGUCUGUACAACAACGCCGUGCACAACACCACUGGCGUCAGUCCUAAUCAACUGCAUCUGGGAUG